UUUCGACUCUUCACACUCCCUCGCUCUCUGUCUACAUAUAUUCUCCAAAACGGCAAGAAUCAAGAAAAAGAUGAAAACUUGUGCAACCCCUUUACUCCUCACCCUCUAUUUUCUCCUAAUUUAUAAUCCCACCAGAGUUGUUCAUUCUUCAUCUGAUGGGAAUUAUGAUGAUGGGCAAUGCAAAGCAUGGCUGGUUCAGUCAAUCCCUACUGACAUGCCCCACCUCUCUCUCGUUCCUGGUGUACUCUCUACCGCUGAUGUUUUACGAUGGUUGGCUGGAAAUUCUUCACGGAGCCUGGACAUAAUUGCACAGUACUGGCAGUUGGUAGCGCAUCCGAAGGAUCCUCGAUCAGGGGAUUAUGGAUAUACGGAAGAUGACAUGCGGAGAUUUGGUGCUAAUCAAGGAUUUGAAGUUCAUCAAGCAUUGGAAAAUGCAGCGGACCGCAACAUUAGUAUAAGACUUCUACAGCACUCUGGUGUCUAUCCUGACUAUACUGAAGAACCAUCUGCCCUAGCAUCGGGAAGGCCAAAUGUGAAGAAUGUUACUUUACUACUUAAAGACUGGUGGGGAUCUGGCAUAGUCCAUGCCAAGGUGUGGAUAUCCGAUAGCCAAGACGUCUACAUUGGAUCAGCAAACAAUGACUGGAAAUCUCUAACUCAGGUGAAGGAAGUCGGCAUUUAUCUUGUUGGCUGUCCAAGAAUUGCAGAGAAUGUCGAAAUUUACUUUGAAAACUUGUGGAAACUUGCCCAUCUUAACUCUUCUAAUUAUACAGAAUCCAUCUGGGAUCAACAAUGGCAGAUCGUCCGAAAGGUUCCCUGUUGGUCCCAUUUCCUCCACCCAAAAGAGAGGUGCAGAUCGCCGCUUCCUAAAUAUGUGAAGGUCAAACAUGUUACUGGGUAUCCCGUGCUUUCAGACCCUGAUAUUUUUCAUGUCUCCAUUGAAACUCCAGGACGAAACUAUUCAACAUCACAGCAUCAAUCCUGCUAUCUGUCCUUUGCUCCACCAGAGCUGUUGUUUGGGAAGUAUCAGACAGAUGAACAAGCCUGGGUGGAUACAAUUAAAUCCGUCGGAAACGGAGCAACAUUAAGAAUAAGUACUAUGGAUUGGCUUGGUCAAUCACAAUACACGUCGCAGACAGUCUAUUGGUCAUCCCUGUCUUCAGCUAUAUCUGAGGUUGUGUUUAGCAAGCAGGCGAAGGUGAAGUUACUGGUAGCGUACUGGGCGCAUUUUAUCAAUAACACAGACGUGUACCUAAAAUCUCUGCUCUAUACCAACAACCUGUGCUCUUCUUCAAAGUACAAUAAAUGUCAUGGAAAAGUUGAGAUCAAGUAUUAUAUGGUGCCGGGAUUCAAUUUAACUGGACCGGCUACUCAAAAUGGCACGGCCACUGGAAAUAUUUAUCCAGGCUACACAAGGGUUAACCACGGAAAAUAUGCUGUUAGUGAUGUACGAGCCCAUAUUGGGACGAGUAACCUAAUAUGGGACUACUUCUACUCGACUGCAGGAGUCAGCUUUGGGACAUAUAACUCUGCCAUUGUUUCGCAACUUCAAGAAAUCUUUGAUGCUGAUUGGGAUUCACCUUACGCAGUGCCCGUUGAACCAUUGGAAGAUGGUCAUGCAUUUUCAAGCUGAUAUUGAUUUUGGUGGUUGGAGUGAUCUAGGAAGCACUGGGGAUUCAUACAUGGACUUCAAUCUAUGUCAAUUGUUCUCUUCCUUUUCUCUCUCCCAACAACUCAAAAUAUCCAAAAUGGGAUUAUGAAGACUUAAAGAGGCAAUUUUUAUCCUUUGCAUUUGGUAUAAUAAUAUUUAGGGAUAUUACAUUUAUGGUC